AAAAUGGAACAAUAUCCACUUUUGAAAAAAAGAACUUUAGCUGUGGUUCUGGAAAAACAGCUACCACCCACAGAAACUCUGAUUGUGAGUGAGUCGAUUGACAAUUCUACUAGAGGAUCAAGUAAAUCUAAUGUUUCUUUGAGCACAAGUGCAAGAGAACUAAGUGAAAAUGAUGACUUGGUUUCAAGUUUAGUUUUAGAUCCAUAUUUGAAUUUUUCGACUCAUAAGAUGAAUACUAGGUUUCAACCCCCAAAAGUCAAUAGAGAAGAAUUACGCCAAAUAAUUACCAAUUUCAUAGUUCAUCAAGAUUAUGAGAAGGCCUAUGAUCAGCUCAUUUCUGGAGACUGGGCUACUGCAUAUUUUCAUGUCAAAUCUAAAAGUCAACAAAAAACUUUUAAAGAACAUGUAUAUCGUUAUUUACGAAUUUUUGAUUCACGAGCAGGAUAUGAAGUACUGCCAUGUAAAAGAUACUCGAUGGAAAAUUACAUAGGUGCCAAAAUCUGUGCCACAAAAAAGUGGUACAAAAAUGACAGGAUACCAUUUUUAGUAGGUUGUAUUGCAGAGUUAACAGAAGAAGAAGAAGCACACCUGCUUCAGCCUGGUAGAAAUGAUUUUAGUGUAAUGUAUUCAUGUCGAAAAAAUUGUGCUCAGUUAUGGUUAGGACCAGCUGCUUUCAUAAAUCACGACUGUAGAGCAAAUUGUGAGUUAGUAUCAACUGGCAGAGAUAGUGCUUGUGUAGAGGUGCUUCGAGAUAUUGAUAUUGGAGAUGAGAUAACGUGUUUCUAUGGAGAAAACUUCUUUGGUGAUAAGAAUUCACUUUGUGAAUGUGAAACAUGUGAAAGGCGCCAAAUGGGAGCGUUUUCUCAGAAAACUCAUGAGGAGGGCUCUUUGGAGAAAGGACCAAGUUUUUAUAGUUUACGGGAAACAGAUAAUAGAUUAAGUAGACUGAAAAAGUGUAAUCAAAAUAAUAGUAUGAAAGAGAAUUUAAAAAGCAUUGCUAUUGAAGAGAAAAAGAAGCUGGUGGUUUACUGUAGGAGUCUUCCUAAUGAUAUACUAGAAAGCUUGAGUUAUAGGUUGGAUGAGCCGAAAGGUGCUACAGAUUCGAUUCAAGACUCGGUUAAUUCACUGAUAACUGAGAGUGUACCACUUAGAAGAAAAGAAAUUCCAGACUCUUUAUUUCAACCAAAAAAAGAUGAUAAAACUUUAAAUUCUUCUCUCAAAAAUGUGAUUGCCAAGCCUAGAAAUUCUGCAAAAUCCAUUCAGAAGCUUAAAAGGAAAGGCAAUUCAGCUACUGCCAAAGGAAAUUCAAACUGCCAAAGGAAAUUUUCUGGUACUUCAACUGAUUUAUCAAACCAGAUAUUGACGAGGAGUCGUUUCAGGGAUUCUCUUAAUUUUCAAAAGAGAACAUUACGCAGCCAUAUAGAGAAAACAUCAAAGUUUCAGGGAAACAAAAAUGUUUCAAGAGAAUUUUCAAGUGUCUCUAUUAAUAAAACACCUAAGAAAGAUGCUGGUCGCAUAUUAACUAAGAAGAAUACAAGUAUUUCAGAUGUUGCUACAUUACCAAGAUUAUCAGUCUUUUCCAGCCAUUGCUCAAAUUCAGUUUCAAGUAGUAGUUGCCAAAGAAGCUCGUUUAUCAUGUCUGAGGCUCCAGUUCUAGAUGUGGUUGAAUCAGAUGAGUCAACAACUUUAUCAGAUGAAAUAACGGCUACAAAUUUGGAAGUUCAAGCAAAUUCCCAUUCAUGUGCCCAAGGUUGUUUAAAAUUGACUGUAAGAGUUAGAAACAGCUCUAAUGAUUGUAACUCCAUAGCAACAAAUACAUCACUUAUUGAACAGCAUCUCUGUGAAAAUGUUAAUAAGUCAUGUCUUCAGUCCAAAAGCAUGAUUUAUGAAAUAAUACCUAUUAAUUGUAAUGGUAAUCAUGAUAUGAAUGAAAGCAUACGAGGAGGGAAACUAAAUACAUUGCCUCCAAAAUCAAAGAAAAAUACUCCAUUUUCUUCUCUUGCAGACCAUACUGUAAAUAUUCGUAUAUCUUCUCCUUGUUAUUCACAUUCUGUAAGUGAGAAGAAGCCAGAGUUGUCUUUAAAUUCUCCAAUGAAACCUGGUACAAAAAGAGUAAGGCUUAUAUUAGGUAGUGAUUCUAUAGACAUUGAUAUUCCACCAUCUAAAAGCAGAAGAUACUGAAAUGUAUGCUUCCCUAUCUUCAAAAAAGAUAGCCGAAUACCUCAGUUUUUGCUUUCCAGUUUAUGAUUAUUUUUUAUUUUAUAUUCUUUUGUGUGGGUAUGUUUUCUGACCAAAGUAUAUUUUAUUUUAUGUUGAAGGUGAAAUAAGCAAGAUUUGCAUUUCAGAAAAUGCUUAACUAUAGAAUUUCACUUUCUUCAAGGUUCAUAUAUUUUUUGAAGAUGUUUAAAAAUGAAAUACAGUUUUCAGUAUACGAUAUUAGUGUUCUGAAAGCCAUAAGUAAACUUUAAAAACACUUAAAUUUUUGUCUCAUGGAAUUUAAGGAAAGGACUUGGUGACAAAAUUCAGUGAGUAGCAAGGCUUUAUUUCUCUCUUUGGGUAGUAAACUGAGUGUUUCUUCAUAUCUUUUGAGAUGUUUUAGAGAGUGAAUUAUGUGAUGAGUGAAGGUGAAAUCAUUAUUAAUUUCAUACACUCUUGUGAAACAUUUUAUUGACUUACUUUAUUUACUAUAUAUAAGGAUUCAUCUUUUACUGAAUCUUGCUGUUUGGAUUUAACUUGAGUGUGCACUGAUAAUCCACGUUUGUGUUUUGUCACUACUGUUUCAAUCAAAAUUUCUUAGUCAAAAGUGCAUUUGAGUAUUUGCCACUGUACAUAAUUUAUCUUUUAAAUUAGCAAUCAAAAAUUAUGCUUACAGUAAUAUAUCUGAAAUCUAGGUAAUUACUGUAAAAAAUUAUCUUUGAUAGGUAUUUUACCUAACUUUUAAGUUUCAUACUUUUAAUUUAAUUUUAUUUAUUUCCUUUCCCACCGAGAUUUAUUUAUUCAGUUACUGAGUAGCUUAGCAUUUCAUAUUGUUAUACUACAGAUGUGGGAAAAGGCCUUCAUUAAGACAUACAUGUUUUGUGUUUCUGAAUCUGUUUCAAAAAAUAAAUUAUUAUUACAUGUAAUUAGUUUUUGUGUCCCAAAGGUUAACAUUGUUGAAAGCAAACUUUUGAAAAGUGUAUCUUUUGCUGUAUUUAUUGCUUAAGAAAGAGAUGUAUGAUGUUAGUUUCAUAAUCCUUUUCUCAUCAGUUUACUUAAUCAAAAGUUCAUAGUUUAAUAAAAAAAAUUAUUCCGUAUUUUUUUUUAAAUAGGAUUAUUCUUGCAUUCUUCAGAAAUUAGUCUUGUGUUUGUUUCUCAUUACUGGUGUUUGAUUUCUGUUAAAAGUUUAAAAGGGUUGCGUUUUUCACUUUUGUGGUGCAUGCUAGAAAUUUAUUUUAAUAUGUUGAUGUUGUUAUUUUAGUUCACUUGAUUUUACUUUUCAAAAUGAAUUCAAUUUUGACAUUUCAUAUAACCUAGUUAUUCACGUGAGAUUGUCCUUAGUUUUGGUGAUUCUGAGCAAGAUACCAGUAAAUAUAUGCAUUUAAAGUUUUGUUUGAGUUAUUUAUGGUUUCAUUACUCUAGUAAUCUUUUUUAAUCACAGAUUUUUUUAAAAAGCCCAUUUAUAUGAAGUGGAUCUCAAUAAAAUUGUUUUUAAUCCGUGUUUCUUGAAUUACAAUUUUUAAGUUAUUGCAUACUUACAAAUUAUGCUCUUAAGUUAGAAAGACAAAAUUUUUUAUCUUUAAUAAAAUUCCCAAAAUGCUUCAAAUUUCUCUGGAAACUAGUAGAAACUUCUUAUUCCUCUCAGAUACUGUACUAAAGUUAAGAAAGCAAUUAUUGAGCAUUAAAAGAGCCCUUUGUAUGUGUGAUAUGUAAAUUGUUCCAGAUGACCAUAAAUAUUUUAGAAAUUUAUGAAAAUCUGCAUUAAUAUUAGAAAAUGUGGCUUGCAUUAUAUAGUAUUUACAAGUUGAAUUACUUUUGUGGGGGAUAUUUGGUAAGUUUUCUCUAAUAGAGGCACUACAUAAUAUUAAUAAUAAUAGAUUAUACUGGGAAUAAUUUAUUCAUGUACAGUGCAUUAUAUUUCAAUAAUGUUUUUAGGUCAGUUAUUCACUCAUUUUCAAUACUGUAGCAGACGUUGUGGUUGCUGUGGGAGAACAUCCUUAAAGCAAACUUACAUGCAUGGUCUGCAGAAGGGUAACACACUCCAUGAAAGAACUUUACAAUAGGAGUGUAUGUGAAACUAGUCAAGGAUGAGUCCUAGCUAGCAGCGGUAGCUAUAUCAACAUUGUGAAGGAAUGGCAGGCUACAGGCUGUUGGUAAAGGCCAGGACGCGAGAGGAAACGAAUGCACAUCUCCACCAAAGAACUCAGUGAAGUGCACGAAAGAAUAUGUUAUGUCUUCUUUGGAGCAACUAUUGUGACUGCUAUAGCAUUGAAAAUGAGUGAAUAACUGACAUGUAAUGCAUAUGAAUAAAAGGUUUUUCAGUGUAAUCUGGCCAUGAUUGUUAAUAUUAUAUAGUGUGUCUAUUAGAAAUAUUUGAACCAAAUAUUCCUCCCCGCCCACGAACACAAAUAAUUCACCUUGUAAUAUUAGAUAAUGCAAGCCUUAUUUUCUAAAAUAUUUAUGGUCAUCUGAACCAGUUUAUAUAUUGUACACCAUGCACAAAAAAAAGGGGUCUCAUUUAAUGCUCACUUUGUAAAAAUAUUGCUUUCUGAAGAAAGGUAAUGUAUUCACUUACAGAACAUUAAUAUGUCAAUAAUUUUUUUACGUCAGUUAUUUACUCAUUUUCAGUGCUGUGGCAGCCAUUAUGGUUGCUGUGGGGGAUCAUCCUUAAUCGUUCAUAAUUUGAAUUAAUUCCUUGCUCCAGUCAAAGAAAAACUCCUGGGUAAUUGUUUUUCACAAAAACAUGCUUGGUAGUGCUCAUUUGUAUGAAUUUUCGAGAUUUUUACAGACUUCAUUUAAAACCUAUUUCAUAACAAUGUAAGUUGAUUUUAAAGGGCUAUUAAAUGUUUGAUUCAACAACACCUUUUUCUUGAUAGAAUCUAUUGAUGAUUUUAUUAAAUGCUGAAAAUAUCACUGAAUUGUAGGAAGUUUUAAAGUCAGUUAACCAUUUUGCUCAAAGGGAAAAGAAGUAACCAAAUUUAGGAAUGAUUCAGUUUUCCAUUGUUUCUGAAGUUAAUACAUUUUUUAAUAGCUUGUGAGAACUUAACAAACUAUGUGGUCAACAAUUCACAGUUACUUAUGAUUGGAGGGAAAUGUGUAUGCUUUCUUUUCUCCUAUAUUCUGUUUGGUGUGACUUAAAUUUUAAUGCAUUGUAAAAUUGAUCUGUGAUGGUUAAAAAAAUUAAUAGUGUAUUUUUGUGUAUGUAUUUUCAUAUAUCGUAUCUCCCAUUUCAUUAUGUGAAAUAUAUUGUGAAAGAAUGAGAAUGAAUUAUUAUUGGCUAAAUAAAUAUGACUUCGAUUAGAGCUGUAUUCCAGUCAAUUUUAUUCUGAAAUGUAAAAAGACGCAAUGCCAUACAUUUCUAAGUUUUUCACACAUUUUGUAAUGUGUAAUAUAGCAUGUAACAUUGUAAUUUUUUUUAUUCCUUACCUGUAGAUCUUAGGCAAGAUUAUCAAAAUUUCAGCAUUAGUGGUAGAAUGAUUUUUAAAGUACAAAAUUUUAAUUUUUUUAUGACUGUCAUAUAGGGGGGAAAAAGUCCUGUUAGAAAAUUAUAAUUCAGCUUUAAUUGAUUAAAUGCAAAAAAAUUCCUCAUUUUUAUGUGCAAAAUUCAUGAAAUUAUUUGAAUAAGUAGUAUGACUUAACACCUUAAAUGAUAGCUUAAUAAAAUGAAUUUCUUACUCCAGUGGUAAGAAGUUGGAAAAAAACUGCUCUGAAAAAGUUUGUCAUCCAAGUCAAAUGUAGUUGAUUUCCCUAUCUGACAAUGCAUUCUCCUUCUCUGGGAAGUACGAAACAUUUUGUGUUAAACUACAUAUCGUGCAGUGUCAACACCCAGUUAACUUCUAAAGCAUUGCAGUUACUGCUGGGGUUAGUACAAAUAGAAUGAAAUAAAAAUAAAUUAAUUAAGAAAAUGAGUGUAGAUUUUUAGUGCAUACACAUAGAAUACUAUUCGCUGAAGAAAAGAGGUGCAGUUUUAUUCUUCUGUUGAACUCUCUGAAGGGAAAAUCCUGUUGUUUUGUCUUUUGUAGCAUUGAUUGCUAGCAGUUGCUUCAGUGAGGGAAGGAAAAUAUGCUUUGCAAUGAAUAAGCAUUUGAGGACACUUAAGUAUACUCAGGCAGGUCAUUGCAUGAUAGUUUUCUCAUCCCAAGGUAACAUAGGUCAGUCAGGGAGAGGGUUAAAUAACUUUUCAAUGCAUAUUUUGAAACAAAGUGGAGUAUUUUUUUAAUUUUUUCCCCAAACUGACUGCAGUACAGAAACCGCUUUGUCAGUUAACUCUGUUAUGUAGAACAUCUGAAGUGCUUGCUGUAUGAAGAAUAUUUAAAAACUUUUGUACUUCUUAAAACUGAUCUACUCCUGAUGCUGAAAAAGUAUAAAAUUUAAAGAAAAUGUGUGAUUGGAAGUCUGUACCCUUUUUUUAUGAUAACUUUGUGUAUGUGUAUGUAUAUAUAUCUUGCCUUUUUUAUUUGUUUACACUUGUUUAAUUUUGCUACAUUGGUUCUGAAUAAUUCCUUGAUAAAAUGGCAUUUUUUAUCAUUUUGAAUGAUUAUUGGUUUAUGCUGUGUGGUAUGUAUUAUAGAAUGCAUGUGUUAUUUCAUGUUGACUGAUUAAAGCUAAAGCUAAUUCGUUCAGUACAUGAAGAUUUAAAGUUAAGUAGAAUAUGUGUACUAACGAUUGUCAAUGAUAAUGAAAUAAAAGUCAUUAAAAAUGUGAGAAUAAGAUAGCUGAAUUUUAUAUUGUUUUCAAAUAAACUUUUUCUGGUUUAUAACAAACUUUAGCAAAGCAUCAAAGAUCUGCAUGUUGAGAAAAUGAAGGUUGCUUUUUGGAAUUCAGUUUUAUUAAUGGUGAAUAUUUAUAUGAAAACUGUUAUUUUUAUAUAUAUGUUACCUAUAAAACUUAGUUAACACAAACUUGUUAAAAAUAGUAUUUGUUAUAUAUGUACUGUCUUUAGUAAAUAACUGGAAAUUAGUUUACUGGGCUUUAUAAAUUAAUCAUAAGUAAUUUUUGCGUUUUUAAUUUAAGCAUCUUUUAUUUAUGUAAUGUUUUUUGUUUCUGAUGUAAAUUUUCAAGUGUUGUUCUAAUAUAUAUAUAUAUAUAUAUAUAUAUUAUUUUUUUUUCAUAUAAGUCUGUGUAGCAAAAUAUUUUUAUUCUAUCAUAAAGGACUAUGUUAAAGUAUCUUGUAGUAUAUGUAAAAGACAAGUUUUGAAAAGCCUUCACUUAUGUAUAUACUUUUCGGCAGUCUUGAAAGUCUAUUCCUAAAGUAUGUUGUGCCUUUUAUGGAGUUAAUUUUUUAUGUAAGAAUGUAGCUGGGUUUUUGUAAAACAUAUUUUAUCCUGACAUUGUAUGAAGGCAUUCCAUAUGUGUGAAGCUGUUUUCUUUCCAAAUAAUAUUUGUCGCAGUUAUUGUGACAAGAUUUUGGUGUUGAACACUUGAAUGAGAAAUAAGCCAAAUUUGUUUUUUGAAUGUUAACCAAACUUAACAUUUUAAACUACUUUUACGUUAAUAAAUAUGUUUUAUGCAUCUUUUA